AUGUAUGUCAAAUGGCAUCCACCACCUUUAGGUAAAACUAAACUAAACACCGAUGGAGCAGCCAAAACCAAUACAUCUAACAAUGGUACAGGAGGAGUUUUCUGCAAUACAAUGGGACAGUGUAUACUAGGCUUCAUGGGUACAAUAUCUACAGGUAACUCCACCUAUAUGGAACUAAAUGCAUUAUUACAGGGUUUGCAAUUAGCAUGGCUUCAUCAACUCAUACCGCUGGAAGUGAACGUGGAUUCUACUGAGGUAAUAUCAAUGCUUAACAAAGAUAAUUUGCACUACUCAUCCACUUUAAUGGAAUGCAGGUACUUAAUCCAGCAGCUGGGUAAUCCUCCGAUUAUCCACACAUACAGAGAGCAAAACUACGUUGCACAUACUCUCGCUCAAAAUGGUUCAUCUGCUAAUGUCAGAGACUACACAACAAUCUUCACCCAGCCACUAACUUUUUUGCUACCACACCUUUUGGCUGAUCAGCAAGGCACUGCCUACCCAAGAUUGGUGAAGUCUACAAGCACGACAAACUUGUCCUACAGUCCCACCUUUUUGGAAAGAGAUCACUCCAACGAUCAAGAUUUUGAUUACAGUUUUUGUAGUGUAUUGCAACAAGCUCCUUGUAAUGGCACAAUUUAA